UUCGAUCUUGAAAACUGUAUCAAUGAACUCUUGUCCCAACUGGACACUAAUAAGACGGAACCGGAACCUUCUGGUGUGUCUCAAGAGAAUGACUCAACCAAUCAACCAGUUGAGAUAAUCGAUCUUAUGCUUCCAUCCGGCGCAUCUACUCCGGCCUAUUCUUCUUUAUGGGAUCCCGGUUCGGAUAAGAUUGAACGUCAAACUUCGCUCCCAGUCUCAUGCGCAUCGUCUCUACCGCGGCUAAUACAACCAUGUUCGCCGCUAUGCCUGAGUCAACUGGCACGGGAGACAGAGGACGAAGAGUGUGCGGCGAAGCGUCGUCGGCUGGACGAAACAAAUGCAUACAAGUCGGGUUCUGAAUCAACCGGCACGACUCAACUGCAGACACCCAAUUUCAAGCCGUCGGCUACCCAUCAAAUCAUGAGCACAGAGGUUCCACGACAGGAUUUUUUCUCCACAGAAGAUCGUCUGAAAAUGUACGAAAGCUGUGUGCGUUUAGGUACAACUUCCAUCGCGCCAUGCCUAGCCUCAGAACCCUCUCAGCCUGCUGCUCAACCGUCCUAUCUCGGAGUUGUGCCAUUCACCGAAUCCAGCUCUACUCCCUGGAUUGACCGAACCACGGCUCUUUACCUUCCACCGAUUUCCACACCGUCGUCUCAACAGCCGGUCAAUAACUUGGUUUGGUCGUCGAAUAGCUAUGACACGUGCUACUCUUCAUCCCAUCCUUCCACAGUCGCUAGAAUUGAGACCGUUGAACAAGCGCACGGUCAGAUGUCUGUGCUAGACUCGAAUACAAAUUACUCGAUUCCGAGAAGCACAGGUGCUCUGGACGCGUCGGCUGAGCAAGCCCUACCUACUGCCUUCUCCUGGCGAAUGCGUUUUCCCUCCAAGCCUGUUACUUACCUGGAGACACAGCCUGGUGUCGGAGCUUCCUCCCCGGGAUCCAUUCCUACUCAUUCCGAAUCCGUUUGGUCCAAACCACUCGUGGUUCUCGGGGACAGUAUGCGCGAUUUGCCACUGGUUCGAAAUAGUGGUCCGUCGUCCAUGGCCACUCUAAUAUUGUAUCAGUCCACUAUACCCGUUACUGGCACCACAACCACACUAACAACCACGCCAUCCAUGGUCGGAUUGAAAACACCACAACCUAUUCAGUUUAGUUCUUCGCCGUCGGUAGUCCAAGGACCGGUAAAUUCCUUGGGGAAAUCCGUUGUUUUCUCCAUGGCUCAAGUUAGUGGCUUAACAUGGGCAACAUCGUCGGGAUCCACUGUGCUUGUUCCAGUUAACGUGGACUUGGACAGUCCAAAUCCUCGUGGUUUAUCUUCUGUGCAAGCUACUGUGGCACCAUCUAUUCCAGGGUUAUCUGCCACACCGUGUCUCUCUACGCUGAACUCUGUUCCGAGCACCACGAUGUUACCGAAUGUGUCUUUCGGUCACAAUGUCUCUCAGUCCAGUCCGUCGGUUGCAUCGUUACCAGACAAAGAGAAUCUACCCCCGUCAUCUACUGCACGCACACCAAUAAUACCAGCGAAACCCUCUCGUCGCAAGGUCGGACUGAUCGGCAGCACCUAUGGCCCCGCGUCUCCCCGUUAA